AUUUCUUCAUCUAAUUCAUUUCCCUACUUUCAAUCCUCUGAAAAUCUCAAAACCCCUCAAUUCACUUUCAAUGGCACCAAAAGCUGAGAAGAAACCCGCCGAGAAGAAGCCGGCAGAGGAGAAGAAGGCUGCCGAAGCUGCCGAGAAAGCUCCGGCGGAGAAAAAGCCGAAAGCCGGCAAAAAGCUCCCUAAGGAAGCCGGAGCAGCUGCCGGAGAUAAGAAGAAGAAGCGACACAAAAAGAGCGUUGAAACAUACAAGAUCUACAUCUUCAAGGUGUUGAAGCAGGUUCAUCCUGACAUCGGAAUCUCAAGCAAGGCUAUGAGCAUAAUGAACAGUUUCAUCAAUGACGUAUUCGAGAAGCUUGCUCAGGAAUCUGCUAGACUCGCUCGUUACAACAAGAAGCCAACGAUUACCUCUCGGGAGAUUCAGACUGCUGUCAGGCUUGUUCUUCCUGGUGAAUUGGCUAAGCAUGCUGUUUCUGAAGGAACUAAGGCUGUUACUAAGUUUACCAGCUCUUAAAUUAAAUUAAAUUCAUUUUUAGGAUGAAUUUAUGGGGUUUUAUGUAUUUAGAUUGUUGAAUUUGGGUUUAGUUCAUGCAUUUUGGUUGGUGAAUUAGGGUUUAGUAUGUUAUAGUUGCAGAUAUAUGGAAUAUAUUUGGAUCUAAAUGUUUUGGUUUUUGAUUUUGUUGGUUUCAAAUCUGAUAAAUAUUAUCUCUAUUCAUUUAGAAUUUAGAUCCAGUAAAAUAAAAAAAAAAAAAUUUGAAUCGUAAUGAAAAUAGUUUUGGUUAUUCUGAUAUAAUAAGGGAUUUUGGAGAUUAUUGAAAAGAAAUUGUAUGAAUUUGGCUUAGAAGGAAACAAUUGUUAUUGAAUUUGACUAUUGAUUGUAAAUUGUAUGUUUCAAUGUCGUUUAUAUGCAAAGUAAGCUGUUUUUUUUUUUUUUAAAAGGGAUUACGCUGUUGUUUGUACCAAAUUUUGAUAAAGUAUGUGAUUAUUAAUGCAUUGUGCAAAGUAAUUGAACAUGAAUUUAUCGAAGGAGUAGAGGUGUUAAUUUUGAUGUUUGGGUUCGGUGAGGUUGAGUUGGGUUGUGUAUAUUUUUAAACUUGAGUUAUGCUAAAUUAUUAUGUCUAUGUGUGUCGAAAUCUGAAUUGGAUAGUUUUUGGGUCGGUAUUGGAUUGGGUUUGGUUUUUGAGUUUUGACACCUCUACAAAGGAGUAUAUUUUGCUGCCGUUCAUACUGAUGCUGGUUUGAUCCAUUAUUUCUGCACAUUUUCAAUUCUUUGAAUUAAGGCAUAGAAUCUCUUAAAGUGUUACUGGUAGAAGUAUGCUAGGGUCCAGAGGAUUUGGGAGGUUUGAUUUGGGGUUUACAUCUUCGAUGAGCCCAAGCUUAGAAGGUGGAAACAAAUCGCAAUCGAUUGCUUGUGAAGUUCUGAAUAAGAUGCCCCUGUUGCAUUAUUUGGCUAUAUCUCUUAAAGCAUGCUGAUUCUGAGGGUACCAAGGCUGUUAUUAAGUUUACCAGCUCUUAAUUAGGGUUUGAGGUUGGAUUUGUGGAGUUUGUGGUUUUUAUGAAAUUAGGGUUAGGGUUUUAGAUUGUUAAGUUUAUAUGAUUAUGUUUAUGUUUCUGAAUAUAUAUUAGUUUGAUGCAGUUAUGAAAUAUUUGAUGACUAUUACUAAUAUAUGGUACUUAGUCUUAUGAGUUGUUAAUUUUUGUUGUUUGCUAUUGUUUGGUAUGUUUUAUAUUGUUUCCUUUUGAAUUUUUAUUUCAUGAAUCCUUGAUGGUUGAUCAAUAUUCAAUGGCAUACUACUUGUUAUCACUGUCAAAUUGAAUUCUUUCAGAAGUAUAAUUCAUUGAAUUCCAAACUCUAAUGACAUUCUGUCCUACGCAAUUUAAAGGUUAAUUACUUAUUCUAUACAUAUAAAUUAUUUUCAGUUGUAUUGUUGGGAAUUUGAGUCUUCAUUGAUCGUGGUAUCUCUAAUUCCCUAUCCUGCCGAGCGUGGAGUGCAGGAGCUACUUCAAGUGCAUUGAGGAGCAUUGGAUUGUAAGAAUGAGGCUGAAGAAAGAACCUAUUUGACAUUCUAAGCUGUCUGUUAGUACUGUUCACUGGAGAAGGUACAUUGUUUAGCAACUCUCUGUUGCUUUCAGGCUAUGAUUAAUUUUCAUGUCCUGAACUGUUUAUGGUUUGUUCAUUAUGGUUUUCCAUGAUGCCUUAUUUUGUUAUUUCCAUCAUGUAUGAGAGACUAUGAGCUUUGUAACUUUGUAAGUGUAGGUUAAGGUAAAUUGUAUAUUUUGUGAUGUUGAAGUUUGUUUAGUGUAGCAAAUAAGUAGUUCAGGCUACUUGUUCAGUACUUGGCAUGGAUAGUUGCUGAUAGAUUGCACCUUUAAAUGAUGUCUGCUUAUGUAUUAGUGGAGGAAAUCAUAUGUUGGUUUGUGCUUUUUAGUU